GAUCUCCAAGGAAACAACAUAACAAUUAUUUACGAAACAGAUUUUAUAAACUUAUCGAAACUUAGGAUUUUACAAUUAACAGAUAAUCAACUGCACACAAUCGAGAAGGAUGCAUUUGCAGAUCUCACUGGAUUGGAGAGGCUGCGAUUAAACAACAAUAAAAUUAAAGCACUUCCCGAUAAUUUGUUGGCGAGCAUGACCAAUCUAGUGAGAGUUGACUUAUCAAAUAAUGAGAUCGCUGCAAUUUCAAAGCGAAUGUUUAAAGGCGUUACAGCACUUCGAAGUCUUCAAUUAGACCACAAUCAGAUUGUUUGUAUUGAUGAGCAGGCAUUCAAGAAUCUCCAUGAAUUGGAAAUUCUCACAUUGAAUAACAACAACAUAACAUCAAUGCCGCGUGAAAUGUUUUCGAACAUGCCACGACUUCGAGCAUUACGACUUUCCGAUAAUCCAUUUGCAUGCGAUUGCCAUUUGUCGUGGCUUUCAAAAUUUCUACGAAGUGCACCGCGAUUAGCACCAUAUACACGAUGUCAUUCACCAAGUCAGUUGAAAGGACAAAACGUGGCUGAUUUGCACGAUCAAGAGUUCAAAUGUUCAGGAUUGACUGAACAUGCACCGAUUGAGUGUGGUGGAAGAAGCUUAUGUCCACAUCCAUGUCGUUGUGCCGAAGGAAUUGUUGAUUGUCGUGAGAAAAGUUUGGCAAAUGUUCCAUUGACUCUACCGGAGGAUACGACUGAGAUUCGCUUGGAGCAAAAUUACAUCACAGAAAUCCCACCAAAAGCAUUCACAAACCAUCGUCGGUUAAGAAGAAUAGAUUUGUCCAACAACAACAUUUCACGUAUCGCUUACGAUGCUUUUUCUGGAUUAAAAUCUCUCAACUCGCUCGUACUCUAUGGCAACAAAAUAAAGGAGCUUCCUGCGGGAGUCUUCAAAGGAUUAACAUCAUUGCAAUUGUUGCUGUUGAAUGCAAAUGAAAUAUCGUGCAUUCGUAAGGAUUCGUUUAAGGACUUAACAAGCUUGAGCUUGUUAUCACUCUACGACAACAAUAUUCAAUCGCUUUCAGAUGGAACGUUCGAGUCACUGAAGCAGAUUCAGACGCUACAUUUGGCACGUAAUCCAUUUAUAUGUGAUUGUAAUCUGAAAUGGUUAGCAGACUACUUGCACAAGAAUCCAAUCGAAACGAGUGGCGCCAAGUGUGAGGCACCGAAGAAGAUGCAUCGUCGGAAAAUUGAGUCACUGAGAGAGGAAAAAUUAAAAUGUACGGAGGAUUUGAGGAGUAAAUAUGCAGCAGAUUGUCGUGCUGAACCGCUCGAGUGUCCCGCUGUUUGUCACUGUGAACGAACCACUGUUGAUUGUUCCGGACGUGGAUUAAAGGAAAUACCGCGAGACAUUCCACUGUAUACGACAGAGCUUUUACUGAAUGACAACCAGAUAGGCCGCAUUAAAUCCGAUGGACUUUUUGGUCGUCUGCCAAAUCUCGUCAAAUUGGAUUUACGUCGUAAUCAAAUUACAGGAAUUGAGCCACGAGCAUUUGAGGGCGCAUUUAAAAUUCAGGAAAUGUUAAUAAGUGAAAACAAGAUGACGGAAGUGCAUAACAAAAUGUUUUUCGGUCUACACAACCUGAAGACUUUAUCACUGUUUGAUAACGUGAUUUCGUGUGUAAUGCCUGGCAGUUUUGACCAAUUGACAUCAUUAUCGCAACUCAAUUUGGCAUCAAAUCCAUUCUCAUGUAAUUGCCACUUGGCAUGGUUCUCAGACUGGCUUAGAAAGAAGCAAUUGGGCGGAACGCCAGCUCGUUGUGCAUCACCAGCGAAGGUGAAGGAUGUAGCUGUUAAAGAAUUGCCUCAUCAUGAAUUCAAGUGCACUGCUGAUGGUGAUCAAGGAUGUCUUGGUGAUGACUAUUGUCCUGCAUCAUGUACAUGUACGGGAACUGUUGUGAGAUGCUCAAGAAACUUAUUAAAUGAAAUUCCAAGAAACAUUCCAACCGAAACAACUGAAUUGUAUUUGGAAUCAAAUAAUAUCUCAAUGAUUCAUUCUGAUCGCUUGAAGCACUUAAAAUCAUUGACACGCUUGGACUUGAGUAACAAUCGCAUUAGUAUUCUAUCCAACUACACAUUCACAAAUCUCACAAAGCUCUCAACACUGAUAAUAAGCUACAAUAAUCUCCAAUGUGUUCAACGACAUGCAUUGACUGGCUUGAAGAACUUACGUGUCUUAUCGCUACACGGCAAUCAAAUUUCUAUGAUACCAGAGGGUUCAUUCAACGAUCUACAAUCGAUAACUCAUAUUGCUUUGGGAAGUAAUCCAUUAUAUUGCGAUUGUUCACUAAAAUGGCUUUCCGAAUGGGUUAAAUUGGAUUAUGUCGAGCCAGGUAUUGCUCGAUGUGCUGAACCAGAACGAAUGAAAGACAAACUCAUUCUAUCGACACCAGCAAAUCAAUUCAUUUGCAAAGAGAAAGUCAGCAAUGAGAUAUUGUCGAAAUGUGAUGCAUGCUAUACAUUCCCAUGUAAAAAUAAUGCGGAAUGUGUUGUUAAGUCAGAAAGGCAGUACGAAUGUCGCUGUGCUCCAGGCUAUCAUGGUGUACAUUGUGAAAAUAUGAUUGAUGCAUGCUAUGGAAAUCCAUGUAGACAUGGCGGUAAAUGCAGCGUUUUGGAAGAAGGACGAUUUAGCUGUGAAUGUGCAACGGGCUAUAAAGGAGCAAGAUGUGAGAUCAAUAUUGACGAUUGUGAGGAGCACAAAUGUCAAAAUAAUGGCACAUGUGUCGAUGGCGUUCAAUCGUAUUCAUGCAGUUGUUUGGCUGGCUUUACAGGCGAAUAUUGUGAAAAGAAAAUACAAUUUUGCGGAAGUGAUUUUAAUCCAUGCACAAACGGUGCCAAAUGUGUUGACCAUUUUACACAUUACACAUGCGAAUGCUUGGCUGGAUUCCGUGGUGUCAAUUGUACAGAGAAUAUAGAUGAUUGUGAGAAUCACAUGUGUCAAAAUGGCGGAACAUGUGUUGACGGAAUCGAUUCCUAUUAUUGCCAAUGUCCAAGUGAAUUUACAGGAAAAUUCUGUGAAGGAACACCAAUGGUUUCAAUGAUGUAUCCACAAACAUCGCCAUGUCAAAAUCACGAAUGUAAAUUUGGUGUCUGCUUCCAACCAAAGCCAACAUCGUCUGACUACAUCUGUAAAUGCAAUCCUGGCUACACCGGAAAACGUUGUGAAUAUUUAACAUCUUUGACUUUCCUACAUAAUAACAGCUUCGUCGAAAUGGAGCCGUUAAGAAUGAAACCGGAAGCCAAUGUUACCAUAAUUUUCAGCACAAAGGAGAAAAAUGGCGUUCUUGUGUACAAUGGAAAUAAUAACAACGAGCAUUUUGCUGUUGAGCUUUUCAACAAACGCAUUCGUGUGAGCUAUGAUGUUGGAAAUCAGCCAACUUCUACAAUGUAUAGUUUCGAGGAGGUAACAGACGGAAAAUACCACAAAGUUGAAUUGUAUGCUUACAAGAAGAAUAUAACCCUUCGUGUUGAUGGUGAACAAGCACGUUCAGUGAUAAAUGAAGGCUCAAAGGAGUAUGUUAAAUUCUCAUCGGCAAUGUUUCUUGGCGGCGUCUCACCCGAAGCAGCACAGCAAGCAUAUAAUCAUUAUCAUUUAAGAAACAUUACAAGCUUUACUGGAUGUAUGAAGGAGGUGUGGAUAAAUCAUAAGCAAGUCGAUUUCGUAAAUGCUGCACGUCAGCAAAAAGUUAGUCCCGGAUGUGCAUUAUUAGACUCACACUUUGAUGGCGAUGAUAAUGGUGAGAGUGUUCAAGAUCAAUUCAUUCAAGAGCCGCCUGAAGAAGAUUCUCAAGAGGAGAUAUCAAAUCCAUGUGAUAAUCAUCAGUGUAAGAGAGGCGGUAAAUGCAUACCGAAUAAUAAAGGCUCAUAUAGUUGUAAAUGUCCUAAAGGCUAUAGAGGACGAUACUGUGAGCAAGGUGAGGUCACUACCUUAAUGUCGCAAAAAAUGGUGGAGGCAUACGACGAACCUUACGAGAAAGCCACUAACGCUGCUCCACGAUGUCGUAAAAUACAAACAAAAGAGUUUUACACAGAGAACGGCUGCAGAUCGAAGCAGCAGGUAAAGAUGGGUAGAUGUGCUGGUGGUUGUGGCAGUCAAUGUUGUGCUGCAAAGACCACACGACAGCGAAAAGUUCGCAUGGAAUGCAAAAACAAAAAGGAUUACGUUAAGACUUUAGAAAUAGUUCGAAAAUGCCAUUGUACAAAGAAGUGCUACUGA